CAAUCAGAGCAACCACAAUGGCCGGAAAAGGUGAAGGAUCGGCGAUCGGAAUCGACCUCGGGACGACCUACUCGUGCGUCGGCAUUUGGCAGCAUGACCGCGUGGAGAUCAUCGCUAAUGACCAGGGCAACCGGACGACUCCGUCUUAUGUGGCUUUCACUGAUUCCGAGCGUCUCAUCGGCGACGCUGCUAAGAACCAGGUCGCCAUGAACCCGACGAACACCGUUUUCGAUGCAAAGCGCUUGAUUGGCAGGAGAAUCAGUGAUCCAUCAGUCCAGAGUGACAUGAAACUCUGGCCUUUCAAGGUUGUUUCUGGACCUGGUGAGAAGCCUAUGAUUGUGGUCAACUACAAGAGCGAGGAGAAGCAAUUCGCGGCUGAGGAGAUCUCCUCAAUGGUUCUUAUCAAAAUGAAGGAGAUAGCAGAGGCCUUCCUUGGGUCAACAAUGAAGAAUGCUGUUGUUACUGUCCCUGCCUACUUCAAUGACUCUCAGCGUCAAGCUACCAAGGAUGCCGGCACAAUUGCUGGCCUCAAUGUGAUGCGUAUCAUCAACGAGCCCACUGCUGCUGCCAUUGCCUAUGGCCUUGACAAGAAGGCAACCAAUGUGGGUGAGAAGAACGUGCUUAUCUUCGAUCUCGGUGGUGGUACUUUUGAUGUCUCACUUCUCACCAUUGAAGAAGGUAUCUUUGAGGUGAAGGCCACUGCUGGUGACACUCACCUUGGUGGAGAGGACUUUGAUAACAGAAUGGUGAACCAUUUUGUUCAAGAGUUCAAGAGGAAGAACAAGAAAGACAUAACUGGAAAUCCUAGAGCCCUUAGAAGGCUAAGAACUUCUUGUGAAAGGGCUAAGAGGACUCUCUCAUCCACUGCCCAGACAACUAUUGAAAUUGAUUCUCUUUACGAGGGCAUUGAUUUUUACUCUACCAUCACCCGUGCCCGUUUUGAGGAGUUGAACAUGGAUCUGUUCAGGAAAUGCAUGGAGCCUGUUGAGAAGUGUUUGAGAGAUGCCAAAAUGGAUAAGAGCACUGUACAUGAAAUUGUGCUAGUCGGUGGAUCAACUAGGAUUCCCAAGGUCCAGCAAUUGUUGCAAGACUUCUUCAACGGCAAGGACCUCUGCAAGAGCAUUAACCCCGACGAGGCUGUUGCUUAUGGUGCGGCUGUACAAGCAGCAAUCUUGAGUGGUGAGGGGAAUGAGAAGGUUCAAGACCUUCUGCUUUUGGAUGUUACCCCACUUUCCCUGGGUCUGGAGACUGCAGGAGGUGUUAUGACUGUUCUCAUUCCAAGGAAUACUACCAUACCCACAAAGAAGGAACAAGUGUUCUCAACCUACUCUGACAACCAGCCUGGAGUGUUAAUCCAAGUGUUUGAGGGAGAGAGAACAAGGACCAGAGAUAACAACUUGCUGGGUAAAUUUGAACUCUCUGGCAUUCCCCCCGCCCCGAGAGGUGUCCCUCAGAUCACUGUCUGUUUUGAUAUCGAUGCCAAUGGCAUCCUGAAUGUGUCAGCGGAGGAUAAAACGACUGGGCAGAAGAAUAAGAUCACCAUCACAAAUGACAAGGGAAGGCUGUCCAAGGAUGAAAUCGAGAAGAUGGUUCAGGAAGCUGAGAAGUACAAAGCUGAGGAUGAGGAUCACAAGAAAAAGGUGGAAGCCAAAAAUAGCUUGGAGAACUACGCCUACAAUAUGAGAAACACAAUCAAAGACGAAAAGAUCAGCUCCAAGCUCAGUGAUGCUGAUAGGAAGAAAAUAGAAAACGCUAUCGACCAGACCAUCCAGUGGUUGGAUGCGAAUCAACUGGCAGAAGUGGAUGAGUUUGAUGAUAAGAUGAAGGAGCUGGAGGGCAUUUGCAACCCCAUUAUUGCCAAGAUGUACCAGGGAGUUGGUGGUGGUGCUAAUAUGCCUCCUGGCAUGAAUGCUGAUGUACCUCCAGGAGCUGCCGCUGCUGCUGCAGGCGGCGCAGGUCCCAAGAUCGAAGAAGUUGAUUAAUGGUGGUGUUCUGUUGGUUCUAGGUUCGGACAUUGUGAGUCUUUGCCAUUUUUUGCCUAGUUUCUUUGUAGUUGUCUUUGCAUUGAAACAAUUUUCUGACUUCUAAAAUGGCUGUUUUGCUUUCAGUCGUUUGAAAUUGGUAUUCAUUGUUCAAACACUUAAAUAAUGAAUGCCAGGAAGUCACGCAAAUAUCAAAUAAUGUCUACCUUUUUCA